GUGGAAAACACGGACAUCCAAGUUUCAAAUUUAUAACCUAAGAUUUUUUACCUUAAAUUUUACUUCCCUUCAACCCUCCCAUGAUGUUUUACAUUUUUGAAGCACAAACCAAGACCGAAAUAUCCUUCAUAACUUAUACAGGCCCCUAAUUUGAUAUACAGUACAUUAGUGUAUAUUAUCCGCCCAACUGAUCAUUGGUUAAGAAUUAUUACUACAAAAUGUCAACUUGUUUGUACAAUUGGCUUUCCCUUACACAUCAGAAGACUAUGAAGUUAAGUAAGUUUCCACCAACUAUCAUCAACUAUGAGAAUAUGGUUGACUGUUAGCAGAAAAAUCCAGAAGAAAAGUCCGGCAUUUCUCCUUGGUCAGAUUGUUAAAUUAGCACAGUUUUCUCUCCAUGGUCAGGUAAUAAGGGGAAAAUGUUGAAAUUGACACUCUUGAAGCCGCUGCUUCUCUUGUUUGCAUUGUUCUUUUUGCAAAGUUGCAGUCUUUGCACAGCUGCGGACACCAUUUCAAUUGCACAUCCCAUUAAGGACCCUGAAGAAAUUGUUUCAUCUGGGCAGACAUUCAAGUUGGGAUUUUUCAGCCCGGGAAACAUUAGUGAUAAUCGGUAUGUCGGAGUCAUGAUGAAUAUCCCUUCUCAAACCGUUAUUUGGGUUGCAAACAGAGAUCGGCCAUUGAGGGAUUCAUCAGGGUUUGUAACAGUUUCUGAGGAUGGCAACCUUGUAGUCAUGAAUGGGCAAAAACAGAUUCUUUGGUCUUCCAAUGUUUCAUUUCCAAUUGCAAAUUCCAGCGCCCAGUUAUUGGACAGUGGAGAUUUGGUUUUGAGAGAAAACUCCAAUGGAAGAAUUUUAUGGGGAAGUUUUCAAAUUCCUACAGAUUCUUUUCUGCAAGAUAUGAGGCUUGGUGGGAAUACAAAUAACAAUAUCAAGCUAACUUCUUGGAGAAGCCCAACUGAUCCAUCAGUUGGAAAUUUCUCUUUUGGGAUUGACCCUUUAAGGAUGCCUGAAUUCUUCAUUUGGAAUGGAAGUAAGCCUUACUGGCGCAGCGGUCCAUGGAACGGCAAUGUAUAUAUUGGAGUACCUGGGAUGAGUUCUGGAUAUCAGAAUAGAUUCGAAUUAGUUAAUGAUAAAGGGUCUGUGUUUUUCACUCAUUCAUUCUUCAAUGAUUCGGCAUCGAUGUACUAUGUACUCAGCUCAUCCGGGAUUUUACUGGAGAACAUUUUGUACAAGGGAAGUGCGAAUUCAAAGAUAACAUGGACAAGUUUACGAAGUGAAUGCGAUGUGUAUGGAAAAUGUGGCCCUUUUGGAAUCUGUGAUCCUCAACAUAAGCCGAUUUGUACAUGUUUGCGUGGUUUUGAGCCGACAGACAAGGAAGAGUGGGACAAAGGAAACUGGACUGGCGGAUGCUCAAGAAAGGCAAUGCUGCAAUGCAACAUGAACAAUUCUUCUGUUCACAAUGGGAAACCAGAUGGUUUCUUAAAGUUUGACAAUGUAAAGGUUCCCGAUUUUGCUGAUUUAGUCGAGUUCCUCAAGGCGAAUACUGAAGAACAAUGUGGUAACCUGUGCAUGCAAAAUUGCUCAUGUGUAGCUUAUUCUUAUAAUAGAGGCAUUGGUUGUAUGCAUUGGAGUAAUGGCAUAAUUGAUAUCCAACAGUUCUCUUUCGAUGGGGCAGAUUUAUACAUUCGGCUUACCUUCUCCGAGCUAGAUCAUGUGAAAGGCAAAAGGAAACAAAAAGCAGUGGUUGCAAGUAUAGUGAGCAUUGGAUCUGUGUUCAUUGCCAUAUCUGCAUACUUUGUGUGGAAGUGCUUGACUAAAUAUAGAGGGAAAGCAUCCAGAAUGGGAGUUCUUCUAGACAAUAUAGAUCAACCAAAGAUUGAAGAGCUGCCACUGUAUAGUUUUGAAACACUGACCAAAGCAACUGGUAAUUUUGACUUGAAGAAUAAGCUAGGAGAAGGCGGUUUUGGUCCAGUUUACAAGGGAAGGCUGUUAAAUGGUCAGGAAAUUGCAGUGAAAAGGCUUUCAAGCUCUUCUACUCAAGGAAUAAAGGAGCUUACUAAUGAAGUUGUUCUCAUAUCGAAGUUACAACACCGUAACCUUGUAAGACUCCUUGGCUGCUGUUUUGAACGCGAAGAGAAAAUGCUCAUCUACGAGUACGUGCCAAACAAAAGCUUAGAUGUUUAUCUCUCUGGUUCACAGAAGUCUGAGUUGCUUGAUUGGAGGCAAAGAGCCUUCAUCAUUGAAGGGAUAGGAAGAGGCCUCCUUUACCUUCACAGAGAUUCAAGAUUGAAAAUAAUUCAUCGGGACCUGAAAGCAAGCAACGUGCUACUAGAUAACGAGCUGAAUCCAAGAAUAUCAGAUUUUGGCUUAGCCAGAAUAUUUGGAAGCAACCAGGAUCAGGCCAACACAAACAAAGUUGUAGGGACAUAUGGUUACAUGGCCCCGGAAUACGCAAUGGGAGGUAAAUUUUCAGAGAAAUCAGAUGUGUACAGCUUCGGUGUUCUGUUAUUGGAGAUUGUAAGUGGCAAAAGAAACUCCAUUUACAAGGAUGAGAAUGAUCUGAGCCUGAUAGGUUAUGCCUGGAAACUGUGGAAUGAUAAUGGAGCCAUAAAAUUGCUAUAUGCACCAUUAUCUGAUCCAAGCAUGGAAAUGGAGGUCAUGAGAUACAUUCAUGUUGGCCUACUUUGUGUGCAAGAAAUGGCAAAAGAUAGGCCAAACAUCCCUACUGUUCUUUCCAUGCUCAACAGUGAAAUUUCUGAGCUGCCUCCUCCUAAAUUACCAGCUUAUACUGCAAGAUUAUGUCUUUCCAACAAUGAAUUUUCCCAACUCAGUUUGGAUUCUGUGAAUGACGUGACGAUAACAUCCGUUCAAGGCAGAUAACACAGGCUUUAAAACUUGAGAUGUUAGCCAAGACUCCAGAAAGUCAAGAACAUCGCGUGCUAUUCUAUCUGUUUGGAUUGAUAAAAGAGAGAAUGAGAAAUACAUGCUGCACUCCGGAUCGCGGUCAGCCAGAGGUUUUGAAAUAUCAAUUUCUUUAGGACAGAAAAGGACUCACAAUUAGUUCAUCAUUUUGAUGUGUUCCUUUUAUGAGUCCUUUUUUCUUCAAACUUGGGUACAAGAUUAUGUAAAUUUCCAUCCAACCAAGUAUUCUUUUGAAAGUUAAGAAACAAAACAAUGUUGUACUAACGAUCAUCAGAAACUUACCCGGCAAUUCUGCAGAUAGAUAGAAAUUUGGAACUGUCAAAAUAUAUGUCUCCUACCACCUUUCUUUGUACCUUUUCACUGAAAAGUGUCACAAUCUAAAUGUCCAAAUCUGUAAAGCAGCGGAAGAUACAUGGACACCCGAGUAUGCAAUAUGUGAAAAAUCUUCGGAGAAGUCAGAUUUCUAAUUAAAGCUUUGGAGGUUUGUUGUAAGAGAUUGAAGUGAAAUGAGAAAUGUGAGAUUUUCCAGUGCAGAAAAUGAUCCUUCUGGGAAGGUCUUAUAUGCCUAAUUUCUCUUAUUUUGAACCUCAUUUUUCCUGCAAUCUCAAGCCUGGAUGGAAGCUUUGACAUGAAACUGAGACACCAAACUUGAAUCAUUUUCUUCUUUACUGUUGAGAUUGAGAUUCCGUGAGUUUUUUU